CUCUCGGAGUCCACCGAAACAGAUCCCACGCGCUUUCCGCCAACCCACCGCAAAACCCCGUCGCCUAGCCAGGGGCAUUUUGGGCAGAUCAAUUUCUUUCUCUCUUCUUCUCCUCUUCCCUUCCCAAAAGAACCCGGUUCAGUCCACAAACUCCUCUCGCUCCACAGUCUCAUCUCUUUUUAUUCAUCGCCUUCGUUUGCGAUCUCUCUCUUUACCUUCAAAGAGAGAGAGAGAGAGAGAGAGAGAGAGAGAGAGAAGGGAUGGGGAUGGAAGUGGAGUUGCCGGAUGACUUCCGCUGCCCCAUCUCGCUGGAGGUGAUGACUGACCCGGUGAUCCUACCGUCGGGACACACCUUCGACCGCGCCUCCAUCCAGCGCUGGCUCGACUCCGGUAACCUUACCUGCCCGGUCACCAACCUCCCCCUGUCCCCCUCCCCCUCCCUCAUCCCCAACCACGCCCUCCGCAGCCUCAUCUCCAGCUUCCUCGCCCAGCGACCCACCGCCAUCGACGCCGCCGCCGACAACCGCGACGCGCUGCUCCUUGCCCCCCUCUCCUUUCCCUGCGAUGCCCCCACCCUCGCCGCCGUCCUCCGCCUCGCGCAGCGCGGCGGCCCCAACUCCCGCCGCCUCGUCGCGGACUCCGGCGCCGCGUCCGUCCUCUUCCGCCACGCCGCCGCCCCCGACCCUCCCGACCUCCAGGACCUCUCCCUCCGCACCCUGCUCCACCUCACCCUCGACGGCGACGACGCCCGCCUCGGCCUCGUCGCCGAGGGCGCCCUCGACCCCGUCGUCGCCGCCCUUGGCGGCGGCCCCGCCGCAGCCCUCGCCGCCACGCUUCUCACCAGCCUCGCCGUCGUCGACGUCAAUAAGGCGACCAUCGGCGCCCACCCCGCCGCGAUACCUCUCCUCGCAGCGCUCCUCCGCUACGGCGACGGCCGGGAGCGGCGGGAAGCGGCGACGGCACUCUACGAGCUGUGCAAAUUCGCGGAGAAUCGGCGGCGGACCGUCCGAGCUGGCGCCUUGCUGCCCUUAGUCCGCCUGACCCGCGAGGGCUCGGAGAGGGCCGUCCGGGUUUUGGGACUUCUCGCCAAGUGCCGAGAAGGUAAGGAAGAGAUGAGGAAGUUGAUCGGAUUCAUUAACGUAUUAUCCGAGGUCCUAAGAGCGGGGAGUCCUCGGGGCAUCGAGCACGCCCUUUUGGUGCUGAACUAUUUGUGCUCGGAUAGCAGAGAGAUGGCUUUCACAGCCAUCAAAGAAGGGAUUCUUGAUCUCUGCUCGGUUUUGGCAGGCGAUAUGAAUCCGAAUAUUGGUAAGAACGCGAUGGAAUUGGUUCUGAGACUUGAAAAGGAGCAAUUUGGUGGCUAUUCAUGAACGAGGUUUCUUCUCCGUCGUUGCUGUUUUGCACUUGGCGAUGCAUAGUGGCAUACGGAGUUUUGAUUCAUCAAGAUACUGCUAGAUGGGUGAUCUGAAAUGCUAGAGAGUAAUCAUUGAGAGUUACAAGAAGAAGGUAUGUUUUUUCGAGUCAAGUGUAAAGAACAUCUAUGGAGAUAUUUAAAUUUGCUCGAGUUUUUGGAAUAAGGUAACCAAUACUAUGGAUCAUUUUAUUGGUUACUAGAUUAUAUUUAAUUCUUGGUUUAUUUGUUUAGCAGCUGAUAGUUCAGUACUUGAUAACUCAUUUUGUUUUGGAGAUCUGAACUAGCUCCUCAAAUGUCUUUGCAUCUUUGAGAAUCUUCUAUUUGUUUUUUCUUUUUAUUCUGUAUUUUUUGUGUUAUUCGGUAUCAAAUUGAAGUUAUUUACACACGCAUAAGGAUAAGUUGGACACUUUUGAUUGAUGGUGUAGUUUACCCAAAGCACACGUGCAUUAAAAUCUUGUUCAUGAGGAAACGAUGAAGUAUGAAUUCGGUUCAUACAGUGCAUCUUGCAUUAUCUGAAAAAGUAAACAUACAACACAACAUUAGAUCGUUCAGUUAUUUUUUUGUAGUGGACCAACUCUUAAGAAUGUUUUGACUUCAUAUAUGAUACUCAAAAUCUCCUGAAAUAUUUUUUUUCUUAGAGAUUUUAUAUGAAUUGUAUAGUGUAAUACUAGUUUGUAUACGCUGAUGCGUCUCCAUCAUUAUAUACACUUAUCAUUUGACUGCUCUGUAUACUGUUAUUUUCUUCAGUGGUGAGUACUUGAAAGAUCAACUGGAAAACAGAAAUAGAGCCCGUAAUGCAGCUAACAAAAAUAUGAUCAGAACUGUGUUCUAAAGCUGGGAAAAAAGGAAUGAAAAUCAAAGGUACAAGUCUGUAAUGUUCUAAAGCUGGAGAAAAGGAAUGAAAAACAAAAGGAUGCAGGAUGUUAGGCAGAAAUAGGGAGUGGACCACCUUAUAACAUAGAUUGAAUUACAUUUAUCUCAAAUUGGAAUAUAUGAAUUAUAAAAUGGGAAUAAGUUCUGUAAUGAGGGGAACUGGACUUAUUGUAACUAUCUUCGACUGAACUUAAAUUCUACAAGGAAAGUUGUUGCUGCAAUAUUUUAUUUUACAACAAUCCUCUUCUUGCAAGUCUGAUUAUGAUGGUAAUCCAAUCAUGUUGUAUUGUUAUAUGCAGUCUCUUUUAAAAUCUAAUUAUGACUUGUUCAGCAACCAAUGAACAUGUUGUACUUGGGACUAGAAAAUCCUCAAUGUUUGAUGAUCAUUGCUCCACUUUGACUGCAUAACAGAUUAAUCUACGAGAACAAUUUACAUGCUGAUAUCAUGGCAUGAAAGAUAAAUUUUCAAAAUGUCACCUAUAUUGAAUUAAUGCUGCUGGUCAUCAUGUUAUGUAAGUCUUAUUUCUUUUUAAAGACAGCUCGAUAACAGUGUGCUGACACAAUAAAAUGUUAAACAUGUUACUGAGUUCUAUAACUAAAUCUAACUGCCUCAUGUUGCAUGAUGAAGAAAGGGUUAUGUAUACUUUUCUUGGAAUCAAAUUGUUUGCUUCGGACAACAAUUCAAGACCAUUGAUGUAAACAGGAAAAGUGUCGUUUUCAGAAACCGACACAGACGUGGUUCAAUGAAAUGAAGAUGUUGGUUUUGGCAAGUAAAUAAUAUGCUUGAGAUUUAUCCAGAUUAUGGAUCAAUGCUUUUCUUUUCCAGCUAAAUCACUGAUAUGAAUAUGUGGAUGUGAUUCCCUUUUGAUGUUGAUUGGGUAAUGCUUUUCCACCGAUGUUUUUAAGAUGCAGACCAUGGGGGAUUAUCAGUGCUCCAGACACAUUCAAUCUUGAGAAAUUUCCAGAUUGUAUAUCAAUCUUCAUGGGCAGAUGGCAAGUUCUAAAAAUGGUUAUACUUUUAGAAAAUUACAUGUUUAUCAAUUGAGACUUUAUCUUCUUGUUUAAGCUAUUGUUCGAGUUAGGGAUUUCUAUUGAUCUUUGAGCGUUUAUAUAUUGUUGAAUGUUGUUCGAAAUCAUUUUUGUCAGUUCAUUUAAGCACAUUUUAGCAACAAUUUUACUUGGUCUUUCCUGGAAAUGAUUAAUGACUAUUUGAAGGCAAUGUGAUGGAUGGUUGCUGAGUGUUGAAGUCUGUGUGCCAAGAGGUGAAUUGUUAUUGUGGCUGAAUAGUUUCUGGUGAUUAAGGUUACAGAUUAGUUCUCCCUUCCAUUGAAUUUUUUUGUUUGGUGCAUCCGAUAAAUUUAAUCCAAAUUCUUGUUUCCAAACUCUUCAUUGCUUUCUCUUUAAUUUAGUUUUUUGUGCACUUAUUAUAUCAAGAACUGUCUGAUGAUCAUUACAGUUCUAUUCUGCAUCGUCAGUUGACUCACUUAGUUCUUCUGCUAUAUCUUUGUACUACUUGCAGGUCUUCAACACCAAACCUUACGGCGUACUGCUUGCAGCAUUCACAGGCCAUUCAAGUUGUUGCUGCAGUUGUAAAUAAUCAUCUUAUAUACCUGAGGCUAUUCCCCUUUUAGAUAUGGGCAGAUAUAUACGUCCGACAUAUCAACCAUUUGGUCAUUCUAUGUCCUCUUUAAAUAUAUAAAAAAACUUUCAAUUAUUCAAAGAAGAUUAUAUGAAAUAUCUCUAAUUAUAUUCAAUGUUUUCUCCUUCAGCAUGUGGAUCAGAGAGCUCAAAUCAUAUCUUUAUAUUCCUUCA